AUGGAAGAAGACCGCUUUACUUUCAGGCAGAGUCUUGAGGGUCAGCUGCUGAAAUUCACAAACGUGAUGAAGGGAUAUCAGUAUCGAUGGGUUGUGGUGGAUUCUGCCACUGGUCUGCUGGAAUACUACGAGCGGGAAGAACACAAGCGAUACCAGAAACCGCGUGGCUGCGUCAACCUCGUGUUUGCCACUGUCUGUCCCUCGGACGAGGACUCGCAAACCUUCAUCGUGAACAUCUCCCAGGGUGAAAAUCUCCGAUUGAAGGCCGCAGACGCGAAGGAACGCCAACUUUGGGUAAAUCAUAUUCGUGCAGUUGCAGAAUACCACACGGAGAAGGCCUUCGACCAAACCAGUCUCUCGAAUCUUUCCCUAACUGCUCAACGUCCGUCGCUUUUGCCAGUGAAGGACUCGCGACCUGUCAUGUCCAAUUCCUCCAACUCUGAUCACCAAUCGAGAUCUCAGCGCACCUCCACCUCCACUUACGGUCUAUCCAGGGCCGGCAGGAGUGCCGAGAAGAAAUUCCUCGAGCCUCCGUCUCCCCAUCCCUCCGAAGUCACUUCCAGUUCGUCGGUGCCCGCAAUCGUCGAUCCCUACUUGCAGUUGAACGAACUCUUCCGACUGCUGGAACGCGAGGGGAACCUCCUUAGCAAGGAGAUUGACGACCUCUACACACGACCCACGGUGGCGUUCUCAAGUCGAAAUCCCGAAGUAACUGAGCUCUAUCGCAACCUCCUGCUGAUAAAGGCGACAAGUCAGGCCUCCAUCAAGUCGCUGAAGCAGUGUCUGGGCGGUCUGCAGCGUGACUUCGCCGCGAGCGCUCAAUCCGUGUCCGGCGGCAACAACAACUCCACGCCACUUGACACGACUUCCUGA